GGCUUUCCCGCCCACGGCGUGACGUUUGCUGCAGCGACGGUGAAGCGUCACUGAUUGUGCGCCGGAAAGAGAGGCACCCGGAAGUAGAAGAUGUCAUUACCUGAACCAGUCACCACCUGUCUUUCUCCUGCUGUGCAUUAUAUGGUUUGCAAACUUGGAUUUGAGAUAAAAGAAAGCUAUGAUAUUAAUAACUUUGUGUCUAAACGUGGUGAAGUAAGUUGGAGAACAAUCUCAGAACGUGUGUGUUACCUUGAAUCGGAUCAAAGUAUUGACUAUGUCAAAAGUGUGCAACUGCUAGGACCUGUAUGCGAAUCUGUUCACUUACACCUACGAUCCCUGACCAUGGAACAGUUUGAAGUUCAGUAUGCAUUGUGGUUCCAGUGGACAAAUGCAACCGAGCUAUUUCUUGAAGUAUUUGAUGUUCUGGAGUGUAUGCAGGUUACAGCAAUUGCACUUAGCUUAAUGAAACUAACAUCCUGUCUGGAACGAGCUUUGGGUGAUGUAUUCUUGCUAAUUGGGAAAGACUGUCCUUUUCUUCUGAGAGACUUGCUUGCAUCUCAGGAGCUUGCUGCAGUCUUUGGACGAUCUGUGAUGAAUGUACUAAGAGUAUUUGUUGGAUCGCCAUGUGGUCUAAAUCUUCGUAACAUUUUGUGGCAUGGAUUUGCCUCCCCUCAAGAAAUUCCUGUAAAAUAUUGCUCUAUGCUGCUUUUUUUAACUGCAGGAUUGGGGCAGUUACUAAAGAGAUACCUUGUGCAAAACAAAUUCAGUUUAGUACACCGACCUUACAUAACUUUCAGUAACUUGGAGGAGUUGGACAUAUUUCCAGAUAUUAAUUAUGAAGUGCUUUCUUUAACUGAGGAACUAGCAAAGAGAUCCAGUUUUGUGUUAAAAAUCAUGUUACCCUUUUGGAUUUCUGCACUAACCGCUUUCAGGCAGCACAGGUAUGCUGACUGUGUUACAUUAUUACUUCCUCAGUUGGAAACCAGCCUUAGAUUACUCUUUACCACAGUUAAUAAAUGUCCGAGUAGACUGCUAACUGCUGAACCUUCUUCUCUUUACACCACCCUUGAUGAGAUGUUGGCAAAACAGUUGACGGAUGAAGAGAUCAAUCAGCUUCCUCUAAUUCUUGGAGAACCAGCAGUGGAAUUUCUUUGGGAUUUCUUGAACCAUCAAGAGGGUCCACGUGUGAGAGACCAUUUAAGCCACGGAGAGAUCAAUUUAAAUGAGUUUCCUAGAGAAAUAGCCAACCAAAUACUUGGGUUUGCCAUUAUACUUUUAUGCAGAUUUUCAGAAGAAGAGGAGCUUGUAACCCUUAAGGAGCAUGCAGCCAUAAAACCACUGAUCACCUGUGCAAAUUGCUACUCGUCUCGUUUUCAUCCAAUUGCCAGACUUAAGAAACAGGUGCUGAAGUGUAUGAAAAGCAUUAACUCCUGGUCUGAGCUUCCUGUAGUGUCUGAGGAGCAAAUUCAAGCAAUUACAGGGUGCGGGCGAUGCACAGAAAUGCAAGAACUAGUUUCUCUGAUUACUGAGAUUCUCUCUCAGUUGCAGCACCAUUUGCCCCCAAGUUGCUACAUUUUAGAUGAUCCAUUAAAUAAUCUCCUAACUGGGGAAUUACUGACUGAGCUUUGUGGUAUGCAGAUUCGCACCCUGUACUGCCCACGGUCGCUCCUGGAAAUAUUGGUGGUACUCCGUCAGAUAGGUGCACAGUGUCAUCAGGUGUCUGAACAAGUUAUUGUUUGCACUGAAAUGAGAUAUAAACAAUGGGUAAACAAAACACUACAUUCUCGACAGAGGCAUAACUAUCUACGAAUGUUAAAAAGUGUUAAAUUUCUGUCUCCUGUGUUACGGCUGAUUUUAGUGUUGGUUACUCUGGAACUAAACAACAUCCACGCUAUUUGUCAGGAGAAUCCUUUUGAAUAUCAGCAGUAUCUAAAGUCUUUAAAAUCGAUCUUGCAGUAUACUGAGAACUUAGUGACUUAUACAAGCCCAGAGAAAAACAAAUGGGAUGAAACUGGGCAGCUUACCUACAGAGCCUUGAUAAAAAUGAAGACAUUCAAUGAGAGAAAGCUAACAUUAAUGCAGUUAACUACACAAAAGAAAAUGCCUUGAAAAUGCUUGGUUUUUAAAGUUAUAUAUGUCUAAAUUUAAUGAAGUUAAAAUUCUUGGGACAAAUUUUGGUCCUUUGUCCUGUUUCUCUUAUCAAAAAGCCUUUCAAAACAGAAUUUGGGAUUUUAACAUAGAAACACUGUUGCUGGUAAUAGAGUUCAGUGAUCACUUUUCCUGAAAUGGAACAUUUUGCCAAGGGCAGCAAUGAGGAUUGGACUGAAAUCUCUCCUAAAUGGUUUGAGAUGGACUUUUUUAAAGAGUAUUAUGUGAUUUAAAGCUUUUUUUAUUUUAUUUUUUUACAUUGUACUU